AUGUCGCACGGCGGCUACUACCAGCCGCCCAUGUCCUCCGUGGAGGUGUACCGUGCCUCGCCUGUGCUGGGCGGCGGCGGCGGCGGCGGCGGGCGGCAGGGGCGGGCCAACGCCGGCGACUGGCGUGGCGGCCAGGCACAGCACGGCCCCGAGCUCUACGGCUUUCUCUACGCCGAGGGCCUGCCCGCCUUCGAGGGCACCGUGGCCGCGGCUACCGCGGCUGGCGCGGCGACGGAGCAGGGUGGGGCCGCCGCCGCCGCCGCCGCGCUGUACCUCGCCCACCUGUGCCGCGAGUCGCUGGCCGCUUUCCAGCAGCAGCACAGCUGGCGCCAGGAGGUGCUGCCCUCAGUGGAGACAGGGUCGUUUGUGAGCGGGCUGUACACCCCACAGGGCGACCUGGACCUGAGCAUAGAGGGCGACGCCAGCUGGGAGGAUGCGUCUGGGCGGCUGCAGCAGGUGACUGUGGACGGAAUGGAGCGGGAGAUGAAGGUCCGCUUCCUAAGGGCCCUGGCCUCCCGCAUCCAGGCCAAGCGGCUGUCGCUGGGGCAGGUGGACCGCAUCCUGCACGCCCGGGUGCCCAUCCUCAAGUUCCGGGACAUCUCGGGCCUGGACUUUGACGUCGGCAUCGGUGGCAGCCACGCGCUGUUCAAGUCGACGGUGAUGGGCCUGCUGGCGCAGUACGACUGGCGCUUUGGCGCGCUCGUGCGCCUGCUCAAGCUGUGGGCCCGGCAGCACGACGUCAACGACUCUACCAACGGCACCCUCAACAGCUUUGCGCUCACACUGCUGCUGGUGUUCCACCUUCAGACCCGGCGCCCCGCGGUGCUGCCCCCGCUGUGCCAGCUGUUUGGCAUGGCACCCGACGAGCCGCGGCCCAUGCAAGAGCAGCGCUUCCCAGACUGGCGCCUGCUGCAGACGGUGCGCAACAACGAGGCCAGCAAGCGGCGGCGCUGGGAGCAGCGCAAGGAGACGGCGCAAGAGGAACCUUCCCCGCCAGCGGCAGCAGCGGCAGCAGCAGCAGCACCAGCAGGGUCUGCAGCAGCAGCGGCAGCAGCGGCAGCAGGGUCGACAGCGGCUGCUGCAGCGCCCGGGACGGGGCCGCCACCACCACAGGCCGCGGAGCCAGCUGAAGGCCAGCCCCUAGCAGGUGCAGGUGCGGGAGGCCACGCCGACGACUGCGGGGCAUUGGCAGAGGAGGAUGGUGGUGCAGCAGCAGGGGCAGAGUGCCACACUCCGGUGACGGCGCGCAUGCUGCCCGGUCCGGGCCAGGCUGGAAGGCAGCACGCGGGCGGCAGCGGCGGCGGCGCCUCUGCGGCCGGCACCGGCCAGCGCUCUGCGAGCGCCACCGGCGGCAGCAGCGGCGGCAUCCCCACCGCUCCCAGCAGCAGCCGCCCCGGGUCUGAUGCGGGCACAGCGGGCACAGCGGGCACUGCAGUGGCUCGCAGGCGGCGCCUGCAGGGCACGGCUGGGGCAGAGCCCGCAGUGGGCAGCGGCAGGCUGCCGCUGUCAGCUGGCGGCUUGCUGUCAGGCCUGCGGGCGCCAGUGGUAGGGCAGGCAGGGCGGGCUGCGGCGGCGCCCACAUCCUUCAGCCGGCCCCAGCUGCCGCAGCCAGCCAGCGCUGCUGCCGAGAGGCCUGCGGCGCAGCCGCGGGGGCGCAGGUGGAAGCCUCACAGCAACCCGCUCACGCGCCUGCUGCAGCACAACGCGCCGCCGCCGCAGCAGCAGCAGCCGCCGCCGCCGCAGCAGCAGCAGCAAGAGGAGGACGAUGGUGGCAGGGCCGCAUUCCAGCCCAACCGCCCCACCCGCUUUGCCGCCUACCCAUCCCCGGCGGCGGUACCGCCCAGCUUCUGCGCACCUUCCAGCCUCACCACGCAGCUUGGCUCCCUGCAGCAGCCACGCGACUGGGGCCCGAUCAGGGGCACCCAGGAGCAUGCAGAGUGGCAGGCGGAGCAGGCGGCGGCAGCGCAGAGGGCGGAGCAGGCUGCGCGCCAGCGGGGCAGCAGCAGGGCAGGCCCACCAGUCGAGCUCGCUUCUCUACUGAUGAUGGGGUGCCCACCUGCAGCACAGCCGCUGGAGGAGCGGGCAGCUGAGCAGCAGCAGCAGCAGCAGCAGCAGCAGCAACCCCCACCGCCGCAGCCACAGCCGCAGCCGCCGCAGCCGCCGCCGCCGCCGCAGCAGCAGCAACCCCCGCAGCCGCCGCUUCAACUGGGGCAACAUGGCCAGCUGGGGCAGCAGGCGCCUGGCAGCGUGGCUCGCAGUGUGCGGAGGGCGUCCGGGACGGCAGCCACGGGGACUGGCGGCCUGCUGGGCACGGGCUGGAGCCUGCCCCCCACCCCAAACUGCUUGUAUAACCUAUCGCCUGACCCAUCCCUGCACCAGCCGGCGGCGGCAGCGGCGGCGGCGGCGGCGGCAGCGGGCAGCGGCGGCCGGCGACGAGAACCCUGGAGCUUUGGAGUUGCUGCCGCCGCCACCGCCGCCACGCCGUGCUCGUCCGCUGCGGCCGGCCGGCCGCGCUCCAGCGCCGGGCGUCCGCUCGGCAGCGCAGCGCCCGGGGCCGUGCCGCGCCGCCUGCCCGAGUUUAGCUGCGUGGCUGAGACGCCGCUGCUCUUUGGCAGCCCCGGCAGCAGGCCGCAGCAAGGGGAGCGGCAUGCGGGCUCUGCUGAGGAUGCCAGGCAGCUGUUUGUGGCUGAGACGCCUUCCGACCCAGCUGCAGAGAUGGACUUGCCUGCUGAUGGCCCGGCCCCAGCCCAGCCGCAGCAGACAGGGUGCGGGCCGGCAGCAGCGCCAGCUCAGCAGCAGCAGCCAGCGAGCGUGAGGGCCGAGGCAGCCACACCUGCCGGCACAGCAGCCUCGGCAGGCCUGCAGCUGCUGCUGCCGCAGCCGGUGCUGCAGGCGGUACCGUGCGCCGACGGGCGCCACCUGGCGCUGCUUCUCGGCAGCUUCGCGCCUGUCGGCGAGCCCACAGACGUGCUGGUGCUGCGGUUACCAGCGGGACCGAGGUCGGCUGCUGCCGCCGACGCCUCCUCUGCUGCAGCCCAGGCAGGCACCAGCGCUGCCUUCAGCGGGGUGCAGGUGGUGGCCUCGGUAGCGGUACAGCGCUCGCGGUGGGCCGAGGGCCUGGAGCUCACGCCCAACUGCCUGCAGCUGGCCAGCACAGACAGGGCCGGCCUGCUUCUCAUCCUGUCUGCUGCCCUGGAACCAGCAGACCAGUCACCCCCCAGCCAGCCCUCCAUCCUGGUCCUGCCGCUGCCCGCUGCCGCCAGCCGAGCCGCCGGCCCCGGCAUGCCAGGCCCCCGGCAGGUGGCGGCGGCGGCGCCGGCGCAGGGUGCACCUGUGACAGGCCGGCGGCCCCUGCCGCCGCUGGCUGUGGAGAGCGCGCACCCGCUGACCUGCGUGCUGCUGGCGGGCGGGCGCAGCCUGCUGGCCUCAGGCGACGGCGGCGGCGAGGUGCGGCGCCUCGAUUUCGACCCCCUCUGGCGCUCCUACACCUGGGCCUGCCGGUUCCCGCCCGCAGCCUACAGGGCGGUACAGUUUGAGGACGUGCUGCAGCUGCAGCUGUACCGCUGCCGCGAGCAGGGGCGCCAGCUGCUGCUGGGCCUCAGCAGCGGCGGCAGCGUGGCGCUGUGGGAUGUAGCCAGCUGCGAGCUGCUGGUGGCCCGGGCGAGCGGCACCUACCGCCUGCGCUCCCUGCACCCCAUCAGCAUGCAGCAGGCGGGCCUGGCCACGCCUUUGAAGCAGCGUGUGGAGAGGGGCGGCGCAGCACCAGCACCGGCGGCCGCGGCUGGGCCCAGCACCAGCACCAGCACCCAGCUGUUUGUUGGCAUGAUGCAGCACCGGCAGAGCGGGGAGGAGCAAGUGGGGGCUGUCAUGCUCAGCAGGAGCGGCCUGUCGGUCAGCGCCUGCCGCCUGGAGGCACAGCCCCCACCCCAGGCUGGCGGGCGGCCGCAGCAGCGCCAGCGGCCCGAGCGGCGGCCGGCGGCGACCGGCGUGGCGCUGGCAGGCGGGCGGUGCUGGGUGGGCACGUCGGGUGGUGACCUGCUGGCUUGGGAUGCCCACAGCGGCGCCGUGCAGGGCUGCUGCCGCUGCGGCAGCGGGCCGGUGGCCAGCUUGUGCGCCGUCCCCGCGCCGGACGGCGGCAGCGAGGAGGCAGGGGCGGGCGGCUGGCAGCUGGCGUCAGCAACGGCGGGCGGAGCGUGCACGGUGCUGGCGCGGUGCUGA